AUGGUGCUCUCGCUGCCGGUCCCCAGCUUCUAUAGAUCGUCGGCCUCACCCCCACGCCCCGCUGACGGCUCACCCGCACAGUCCAGACACCGAAGUUCAGCCUCAUCCUCCAGCUCCUUCAGCUCCUCCAGCCGCUGGAAACCCGCUCUCCAGAGUUCCUCUUCUCCGAAUCACUCUAUCACCCUCGAAGCCCUACGCAAUAAUCCCUUCGGCAGUUCACGGUCCCGCGGCGCCGCCCAGCUCUCGCUCAGUGAGACUGAAGAACAAAGGCGGGAGCAGGAGGAGCUCAACGCGGCACUGGAGACUUUAGUACGCGUCUUUCCCGAUGUGAAGGUCGAGGUAUUCCGGGAGCUACUGGUGCACUUUGAUGGCCAGAGCCGGGUACAGGUGUGCAUCGAGGAGCUACUCAGGAAUAAGAAAAAAUGGGUUUCUGGGCGCUGGAACAUCCCGGAGGAGAACAGUGAAGCCGAUGCAGAUGGAAAUGCUCGUGCAGGUCCAUGUGGCUACUCUGACGACGAAAUCGCUCGGGAUGACGCCGAACAGCGUGGACUUGUCCCACCCGAGGAGCGGUUCCGCUCUGAUGAAUACAAGGCUACCGUGCGGAUCGCCUUGACGAAGGAAUUCAACAGUCUCAGCAGGAGUGUGGUCGACGCCGUGCUGGCUGAAGCGAAUUACAGCUAUGCCCGGGCACGACCGACGCUGCGGGAUCUAUCGCGCCGUACCUGGCGUGCAACUAUCAACAACCUCCUCCCGUUCCGGCGAAAGAAAGAUCGCGAGGAGCAUCCUUUCAUGUUCUGGCACCGUCGAGCAGAUGGAGAAAUGGUUCCGGGUCUGAGGGAAACAGGCUGCAGUGAGCUGGAUGGCGAGCUCCAUGAGAUGCUACUUGUCCCGUUGAUACGACAGAACCGCGAAGAGCAGGAAGGCAAAGACUUUAGAUUUGCUUCUGAGCUGAAUGAAAAAGAAGCUCAAGCUGCCGAUGCUCUAUAUGAAUGCGAGUGUUGUUUUGCCGAUGUGACAUUCGAGCAGAUCGCGACGUGUUCGGCCAAUACUCACAUUAUUUGCUACCACUGCAUCCAAAGAACUGUCCACGAAGCACUCUUUGGACAAGGUUGGGGCAAAUCUGUGGACAUGGAGCGCUCUACUUUGAAGUGUCUUGCGCCGCUGUCAGUUGGGUCCUGUGAUGGAUGUCUUCAUCCCCGGAUUGUCCAACAGGCCAUUCUUCUCGAUACAGCUGGCUUGGAAACAUACCGCAAAUUCGAGCACCGGCUCUCUUCCGAGGCCCUUUUAAAAUCUCAGUUAAAGCUCAUCCGAUGUCCAUUCUGCUCCUAUGCCGAAAUCGACCCUCUCUACCACCCUUCAUCCCGCGGUGUCUGCUGGCGCAUCCGCCGUGAUGGCGGCAUCAUCCCUACGAUUUUAAUGACCCUCCUUCUACUUGAUCUUCUCCCCCUCUUCUUGAUACCCGUCCUCGUUCUUCUCAUUGUGGACCCAGCCGCUAUAACAACACUCUUCGGCAAUUCUAUACGUAACCUCUGUCUCAAAAUGCGUCCGAAACGAUUCAUCUGUGUCAACCCCUCAUGUCUGCGCAUUAGCUGCAUGACCUGCCAAAAACCAUGGCGAGAUCCACACGUCUGCCACGAACCUCUCCUUCUAGACCUACGCGCCACAGUCGAGGCCGCCCGCACAGCCGCCGUAAAACGCACCUGUCCCCGCUGCUGCCUUUCUUUCGUCAAAUCCUCAGGCUGCAACAAACUAACCUGCGUCUGUGGGUAUUCCAUGUGCUACCUCUGCCGGAAAGCAUUAGGCCCACCCGUUCGACAGUCCACACCAGGCCGUGGACGUGAAAACGCCCAGCCUCCCCGUGGUCUCGGCUACGACGGACCAGGCAAUGAUCCCAACCCCUUCGAUGAAGGCGGCAGCAUCUCAGACGAUGACGAGUUCGAAGAACCAGAAGGCUACCAGCACUUCUGUGAACACUUCCGCAUUAACCCGGGUUCCCGCUGUACUGAGUGCACGAAAUGUAAUCUCUACCAAGCGGAAGACGAAGAAGCCGUCGCCCGCCGUGCAGGCGAGAAAGCCGAGCGCGAAUGGCGUAUUCGUCAGGGUGUCAGCACUGAUAAUGCCACGGCGUCUGCUGUUGGAUUCCGGAAUAUCAAUCAGGAUCUUUCGGCUGGGACUGACGGUCCUGCCAACCGUCGUGCGUCAACUUCGAUGUGGGAUAUGCAGUUUGGACCGUCCGGGAAGACUUGGGAUUAUUGGGCUUUUGAUGUUUGGUUUCAUGGGAGGUGGAAACUCGAGGGUCAAGCUUUUGUGGAUUGGGUCGUUGAAUGCAUCAUCGUGAUCGAUGAAGUAUGA